AUGCAGAGGGCGGGGCAGAAAGUCACCUUUGUCCUGCCAUGGAUCCACAGCUCACUGUUGUCUUCAGGGAACACCAUCCUGGGUCAGGAGAGGUUUGAGUCCAAGCCGUACUUUAAGGCGGUGACACGUCAGGACUCUGAGGCGACAGCACAUGUGUUCGGUAGACAGAUCAGAGUCAUCGACACUCCCGGUUUAUUACAGUCCCAGGAACAGAUUAAAACCCUGUGUGUGAACGUGCUGCGCUCGUCCACGCCCUGUCUCUUCCUGGUGGUCGUCAGGAUUGAGGUUCUGCAGAAGCCUGAGGAGCGGAGGAUCGUUCCCAUCGGUCGACCCGCUGUCGGGAAGAGUUUGGCAGGAAACAAUAUCUUGGGCUGCAGACGAUUCGAACACGACUGUGACUUUGAUGUAGUGAGCACAGAAACGAUCUUGGGGUCAGCAGAGGUGGACGGUCGUCACAUCACGGUGGUGGACACGCCAGGACUCACGGAGGACGCUCUGAAUCCUGAAGAGCUGUACACUGUGGUGAAGAAGAUGGCGACCGAGGCCAAUCCUGGACCUCACGCCUUUGUCAUAGUGGUCAGAAUCGGUAAAGUCUCUGAAGCAGAUGUCCAGCUGUUCCAGAAGCUGCCGCCGCUGCUGUCUGACCACGAUGCUCUAAAGUACACCAUGGUGCCUUUUACUCAUGGGGACGAGCUGAGGAGGCAGUCCAUCGAGGACAAAGUCCAGGCCAGCUCAUGCCUGUAUGAGCUGUUGUCCCGCUGCAGGUGGAGGUACCACAUGUUUGACAACACUCAGACCAGAGACAAGCAGCAGGUCACAAAACUCCUCAACCAAAUCGAUGACAUGGUUUUGGACAACGGAGGAGAACACUACUCUUCUGACUCAUUCAGGACGAGGGAGGAGAGGAGCUGGUCACAGUGGUUCUCAGUCCUCCUGACCCUGAUGAAGUGGGUGAGGGAAAGAGCAGUAAUGAAGGUGAUAUGUGAGGGGGCAGCAAAGAUCUACCCUGGGAUGGGGCGUACAGAGUUAGCGGUGGAGGCGGCGGGACAGUCCACGAUUAUCAGGAGGACAAAUUGUAGGUCGAACAUGAAGUGAAACUUUACAGAAAUGAUGUGACAGUGUUGAAAUGUCUCCUUCAUGUCC